CAAGAGAAUUUGCUCGCCCGAGAACACCGCCGCCGCCGCUUAGCUUCUCCCGUUGCUAAGUCUGCCCGCUUUCGUCGUCUCCACAGCCUCCCCGUCCAAGCGAGCGUACACGCUCCCUACAAGACUGAAGAAACCCAUCUCCCGCAAGACAGACGUAGCUAAACUCGGUUUGGCCACUCGAAUUCCGCGCUAUUGAACACACCCGACAACGCCGAAAUUCGACCCAACCCCGCUUAUGGGAUAGCCCUCUGACACUUUACAGCAGACAGACGACGACUACACCUACUAUUCCGCGAAGAUGAUUGCUCCUACCAACAAGCCGUCGCACGUGCAACAUGAACACCUGUCGUUCCUCAUCUUGGACGCCCCUAACGACACCAACCUCCCGCUGUACAUCAAAGAGUUCAAAAAGUACCAAGUCACGGACAUUGUGCGUGCAUGCGAACCCACGUAUUCUCGCUCCACGGUGGAGACUGCCGGGUUCAAACUCCAUGAAAUGGAAUUCCCCGAUGGCGAACCUCCCAGUACCGAGAUCAUCAAUCAGUGGCUCGACUUGGUCGAAGCGACCUUCAAGGACAACGCGAAGCAAAACGCAGGCAACAACACGCAUGACAAGACGAUCGCCGUCCACUGCGUCGCCGGCCUUGGGCGCGCCCCUGUGCUGGUGGCCAUCGCUCUGAUCGAGAACGGACUGGACGUGAUCAACGCCGUGGAACAUAUUCGUCAAAGCCGUCGCGGGGCCAUCAACUUGCGCCAGCUCAAGUACCUCGAGAAGUACCAACCCAUCCGCAAGGACAAAGGCAAGUGCACCAUCAUGUAAACCCCAUGCCGACGAUAAGCUUAAUGCAUAUGCUGUCCAUCC